GGUGUACGUGCAGAGCGCGCAGAGCGAGUGGCGCCCGCACGCCCUGCGCUCCUCCACAAGCUGGGCCCUGCCGCCCGGGAUGCUGAGGCGGCGGCCCCGAAGGCUGCCGGUCUAGCGCGCCCAGAGCGGAGCUCCUCGUCCGCCACGCAGGCCGUACACCCUCUGCCCGUGCGCGAUGAGGCGCUGAAGCAGCCGCUGGCGCUGCGCGGCCGGCCCCAAGGACGAGAAAGCGGCCUGGCCGAGGGCGAGGGGCGCCGGCCUGUUUGAGGAGAGGGGCGGCGGGUGCAUGGCGCAGUAACGUUCCCCGCCGCUCUCCCCGCUCCCCGGCCCUGGGCUAGGCAGUCCGGCCACCACCUCUCCUACUCGACCACCGCCGCCGCCACCAUGGCCAAUGACAGCGGCGGGCCUGGCGGGCCGAGCCCGAGCGAGCGGGACCGGCAGUACUGUGAGCUGUGCGGGAAGAUGGAGAACCUGCUGCGCUGCGGCCGCUGCCGCAGCUCCUUCUACUGCUGCAAGGAGCACCAGCGCCAGGACUGGAAGAAGCACAAGCUCGUGUGCCAGGGCAGCGAGGGCGCCUCUGGCCACGGAGCAGGCCCGCACCAGCACCCCGGCCCUUCGCCGCCCGCCGCCGCGCCGCCGCCCAGGGCCGGUGGGGCCGGAGCCCGGGAGGCCAGGAAAGGAGCGGCGCGGCGGGACAGCGCCGCCGCCGCCAAGGCUUCGGGCCGGCCGGCCGCCGGAGAUGCGGCCAAGGCGAAGGCCAAGUCCGUGGCCAACCCUGCCGUAGCCGCGUCCCCGCCUCGCGCGAACCCCGGGCGACAGGGCUCGGCGGCGGCCGAGGCGGAGCCCGGGAAGGAGGAGCCGCUGACCCGCCCGUCGCUGUACCAGGAGAAGGCGAACCUGUACCCGCCGAGCAACACGCCUGGCGAGGGGCUUAGUGACGGUGGAGGCCUGCGGUGCAACGGGAAGACGAAGCCGCUGCCGGCGCUGAAGCUGGCGCUGGAGUACAUCGUGCCUUGCAUGAACAAGCACGGCAUCUGUGUCGUGGACGACUUCUUGGGCAAGGAGACGGGGCAGCAGAUCGGCGAUGAGGUGCGCGCCCUGCACGACACCGGCAAGUUCACGGACGGCCAGCUGGUGAGCCAGAAGAGCGACUCGUCCAAGGACAUCCGAGGCGAUAAGAUCACCUGGAUCGAGGGCAAGGAGCCCGGCUGUGAAACCAUUGGGCUGCUGAUGAGCAGCAUGGACGACCUGAUCCGCCACUGUAACGGGAAGCUGGGCAACUACAAAAUCAAUGGCCGGACGAAAGCCAUGGUUGCUUGUUAUCCAGGCAAUGGAACAGGUUACGUGCGUCAUGUUGAUAAUCCAAAUGGAGAUGGAAGAUGUGUGACAUGUAUAUAUUAUCUUAAUAAAGACUGGGAUGCCAAGGUAAAUGGAGGUAUACUUCGAAUUUUUCCAGAAGGCAAAGCCCAGUUUGCUGACAUUGAACCUAAAUUUGAUAGACUGCUGUUUUUCUGGUCUGACCGUCGCAACCCUCAUGAAGUACAACCAGCAUAUGCUACAAGGGGAAAAAGGAGUGAGGGUUGAACUCAAUAAACCUUCUGAUUCAAUCAGUAAAGAUGUCUUAUAGAGCCUCUCAUCCAGCAAUACCCUCAGUUCACUACAAUAAUUGUUGACACUGUUUGUUAACUUGUGAAUACAAAUAAAUGGGAUAAAGAAAAACAGACAACCAGUCGGCAUUUUAAUAAGGAAAAGAUACAACUGCUUUGUGUUGCAUCAAACAGGAAGAUUUUGACUGCUGUGACUUUGGACUGCAUGAUCCACUCCGAAUCUGUGACUGCUUAUGGGAAGAAGAUAAGCUAUCAGUUGAAAAUGGUUUUUACAUCUGGACAUGAAAUAAGUGCCCUGUGCAAAAUUUUUUCAUUCUUCUAUUUUGUCCGAUCUGUCAUCUAGCUGAGUUCAUUUCAUCUCUCCCUUUUUUAUAUCAAGGUUUGAAUUUGGGGUAAUUUUUGUAUGAUUAGGUACAAUUUAUCAAAACUGAAUUGAGAAAAAAUUACAGUAUUAUUUCUCAAAACAGCAUCAAUCUAUUUUUGUAAACUUCUUCAUACUAUUAAAUUUUGCCCUAAAAGACCUCUCAAAAUGAUUGUUGCCAGUGACUGAUGAUUAAUUAAUUUUCUUUUCACUUAAAAUAAGAAAAGGAGCACUUUACCAAUGGAAACAUCAGAUGUUUUGUAGUGCUAUCUUGCUCUAAUUUGGAUUCCUAAAGAUUGCUGCUGUCAUGUUUUGACAUCCUUAAUAAUGAAGCCUCACAGUAAAAUAGUCACCAUUUAUUACCAGUAACUUCAGUUCAUGUUUUAUAAGGAAAAAUACACUGUAAGAAGGGUUUAUCUUUUCAAGUUUUUUUUUUUUU